AUGGACUCCGAUCCAGAGGGAUGCUGCUCUCCUACUGAAACACUGAAUUCCCCACGCACAUGGAACGACGAUGAGAAAAGUUCACUUAUCCAUCAAUCUCAUGGGGAAACAGCUACUGGUAAACAGAGGAAGUAUGGGUAUAUAUGGCGUGGGCUUUCGUACAUCAUUGUUAUCCUUCUCACCACUCUCAUCUCAACCAUCAUCUUCACUCAAGGACGCACCGGAUCCGAGUGCUCGUGUUCAUUAGAUGCAAUGUCUCCUUCUGGCCAUCUUCAGUCGGAUUCAGUUAUGGCUGAUUUAGCUUCUGAUACAAAAGUAGAGAAGGCAUUUUUACACGAAGGGGAGUUACAAAAAGCUUGGAAUGCAUUAGCUGAACGCUCCGAUGGUGCCACCGUUGUUGUUCCUGAGAAAUUUGGAUAUGAGCGAGGAAUCCUUCCCGAGUCACCAAGGGUUACUCGUAAUGGAAUCUCAGGGUUUCUGGUUACCUUGGACAGUAUGCAUCAAGCCCAUUGUGUGGAUGCUGCGUGGCGUCGUCUCUGGUUUAAUCACGAGGACGACAAAUUGAAUGGUCCAAUGGCGAAGGCCAACAUCUCAGAUGAGUGGUACAAAAAUCACAUCACACACUGUUUGAAGAUCUUAAAGCAGUCGGUUCUUUGCAAGAUGAAUAUGGAUAUGGCAAUGGGAUACAUUCAGUGGAACAAGUCAAGUCCAGAUGACUUUAUCCACUUCGAGAAGAAUUACCUGUGCAAAAACUACACUGACGUACUUGGAUGGAUUAAAAAUGAUUAG